GAAUAGCAGGCGCGCACAUACACACAUAAAUACACUGAGCACCUCUCUUUUUCUCCUCCUGAUACCCACUCGCACCCAUCCACGUCCAGCUGAGGGAUACAAUAAGGGGAUAUGCCAUUUGGACAUGUAAUUGUCGGCAAAGGAUUUGAGACUUCCAAAAAAUGAAGCUGGCUUCAAGACUGUGGGUCUGUGUGAGCCUUCUCGUGGUAGCCUGGACCCUCCCGCCCGGCGCUUCUCAGUCAGUGUGUGCUGGAACAGAGAACAAACUGAGCUCUCUCUCUGACUUGGAACAGCAAUACCGUGCCUUGCGUAAAUACUAUGAAAACUGUGAGGUAGUCAUGGGCAACCUGGAGAUAACCAGCAUCGAACACAACCGUGAUCUCUCCUUUUUGCGGUCUAUUCGAGAAGUCACUGGGUAUGUCUUGGUGGCUCUUAAUCAGUUUCGUUACCUGCCUCUGGAGAAUUUGCGUAUCAUACGUGGGACAAAACUUUAUGAAGACCGAUAUGCACUGGCAAUAUUUUUAAACUACAGAAAAGAUGGGAAUUUUGGACUCCAAGAACUUGGUCUGAAGAACCUAACUGAAAUCUUAAAUGGAGGAGUAUAUGUUGACCAGAACAAAUUCCUGUGUUAUGCAGACACCAUUCAUUGGCAAGAUAUUGUUCGCAAUCCAUGGCCUUCUAAUUUUACACUGGUUUCAACCAAUGGUAGUUCAGGCUGUGGGAGGUGCCACAAGUCUUGCACUGGUCGAUGUUGGGGACCCACAGAGCAUCACUGCCAGAGCCUGACCAAGACAGUCUGUGCUGAACAAUGCGAUGGCAGGUGCUAUGGCCCGUAUGUAAGUGACUGCUGCCACCGAGAAUGUGCUGGAGGAUGCUCAGGACCCAAAGAUACAGACUGCUUUGCCUGCAUGAAUUUCAAUGACAGUGGGGCAUGUGUCACCCAGUGCCCCCAAACAUUUGUCUACAAUCCAACCACUUUUCAACUAGAGCACAAUUUCAAUGCAAAGUAUACCUAUGGAGCCUUCUGUGUCAAGAAAUGCCCACAUAACUUUGUGGUAGAUUCCAGUUCUUGUGUGCGGGCUUGUCCUAGCUCCAAAAUGGAGGUUGAAGAAAAUGGGAUUAAAAUGUGUAAACCUUGUACCGACAUUUGUCCAAAAGCAUGUGAUGGCAUUGGCACAGGAACUCUGAUGUCUGCUCAGACUGUGGAUUCCAGCAACAUUGACAAGUUCAUAAACUGUACCAAGAUCAAUGGGAAUUUGAUCUUCCUUGUCACUGGUAUUCAUGGGGAUCCUUACAAUGCAAUUGAGGCCAUGGAUCCUGAGAAACUGAACAUCUUCCGGACAGUCAGAGAGAUAACAGGUUUCUUGAACAUACAGUCUUGGCCCCCAAACAUGACAGAUUUCAGUGUCUUUUCUAACCUGGUCACCAUUGGUGGAAGAGUACUGUAUAGUGGCCUCUCAUUGCUUAUCCUUAAGCAACAAGGAAUCACCUCUUUGCAAUUCCAGUCCUUGAAGGAAAUCAGUGCAGGAAACAUCUAUAUAACUGACAACACCAACCUAUGUUACUAUCAUACAGUUAAUUGGACCACCCUCUUCAGUACCCUCAACCAAAGAAUAGUGAUUCGUGACAACAGGAAGGCAGAAAACUGUACUGCAGAAGGAAUGGUAUGUAAUCUUCUGUGUUCAAGCGAUGGCUGCUGGGGGCCAGGCCCAGACCAAUGCUUAUCGUGUAAACGUUUCAGCAGGGGACGGACAUGCAUCGAGUCCUGUAAUCUCUAUGAUGGUGAAUUUCGGGAGUUUGAGAAUGGCUCCAUCUGUGUAGAAUGUGACCCCCAAUGUGAGAAGAUGGAAGAUGGCAUCUUGACAUGCCAUGGACCGGGACCAGACAACUGCACUAAGUGCUCUCAUUUUAAGGAUGGCCCAAAUUGUGUGGAAAAAUGUCCUGAUGGUUUACAGGGGGCCAAUAGCUUUAUAUUUAAAUAUGCUGACCAGGACCAUGAAUGCCACCCCUGUCACCCAAACUGUACCCAAGGGUGUAGCGGUCCCUCUAGUCAUGACUGCAUUUACUAUCCAUGGACGGGCCAUUCCACUUUACCACAACAUGCUAGAACUCCCCUGAUUGCUGCAGGAGUCAUUGGUGGACUUUUCAUCCUGGUGAUUGUGGGCCUGACAUUUGCUGUGUAUGUUCGACGCAAGAGCAUCAAAAAGAAGAGAGCAUUAAGAAGGUUUCUAGAGACAGAGUUGGUAGAGCCCUUAACCCCAAGUGGCACAGCACCUAAUCAGGCCCAACUGCGGAUCCUAAAAGAGACUGAGCUCAAAAGAGUGAAGGUGCUUGGAUCUGGAGCAUUUGGAACUGUGUAUAAGGGCAUUUGGGUACCUGAAGGAGAGACAGUAAAGAUACCUGUGGCUAUAAAGAUUCUCAAUGAGACAACUGGUCCAAAAGCAAAUGUUGAGUUCAUGGAUGAAGCUUUGAUCAUGGCAAGUAUGGAUCAUCCACAUUUGGUACGAUUAUUGGGUGUCUGUCUGAGCCCAACCAUUCAGCUCGUUACUCAACUAAUGCCUCAUGGCUGCCUGUUGGAUUAUGUUCAUGAACAUAAGGAUAACAUUGGCUCCCAACUCCUAUUAAACUGGUGUGUCCAGAUAGCUAAGGGAAUGAUGUACCUGGAAGAAAGACGCCUUGUCCAUCGAGAUCUGGCAGCUCGUAAUGUCUUGGUGAAAUCGCCAAAUCAUGUGAAGAUCACUGAUUUUGGUUUAGCCAGACUCUUAGAAGGAGAUGAAAAAGAAUAUAAUGCUGAUGGAGGGAAGAUGCCAAUUAAAUGGAUGGCCCUGGAGUGCAUCCACUAUAGGAAAUUCACCCAUCAGAGUGAUGUUUGGAGCUAUGGGGUCACAAUUUGGGAACUAAUGACCUUUGGAGGAAAGCCCUAUGAUGGAAUUCCAACAAGAGAAAUUCCAGAUUUAUUAGAGAAAGGGGAACGCCUGCCCCAGCCUCCUAUCUGCACCAUCGAUGUUUAUAUGGUUAUGGUCAAAUGUUGGAUGAUUGAUGCUGACAGCAGACCUAAAUUCAAAGAACUGGCUGCUGAAUUUUCUAGAAUGGCCCGUGACCCUCAACGAUACCUAGUCAUUCAGGGUGAUGAUCGUAUGAAGCUUCCUAGUCCAAACGAUAGCAAGUUCUUUCAGAAUCUCCUGGAUGAGGAGGACUUGGAAGAUAUGAUGGAUGCUGAGGAAUACCUAGUUCCUCAAGCCUUCAACAUUCCACCACCUAUCUAUACUUCCAGAGCAAGAAUUGACUCUAAUAGGAGUGAAUUUGGACACAGCCCUCCUCCUGCCUACACUCCCAUGUCAGGAAACCAAUUUGUGUAUAGAGAUGGAGGCUUUGCCACCGAACAAGGAGUGUCUCUGCCCUACAGGGCUGCCAGCUGCAUAAUCCCUGAAGCCCCUGUUGUACAAGGGGCCACGGCAGAGAUUUUUGAAGACACGUGUUGUAACGGCACCCUGCGCAAACAGGUGGCACCUCUCGUCCAGGAAGACAGCAGCACCCAAAGGUACAGUGCCGACCCCACAGUAUUUGUAGCCGAACGGAGCCCAAGAGGGGAAAUGGAUGAAGACGGGUAUAUGACUCCAAUGCGUGACAAACCCAAACAAGAUUACCUGAACCCUGUCGAAGAGAAUCCUUUUGUUUCUCGGCGAAAGAAUGGUGAUCUUCAAGCCCUGGAUAACCCUGAAUAUCAUAAUGCCUCCAAUGGGCCACCCAAGGCAGAGGAUGAGUACGUGAAUGAGCCUCUGUACCUCAAUACCUUUGCCAACACUUUGGGAAAUGCCGAGUACCUGAAGAAUAAUGGACUGCCUGGGCCAGAGAAAGCCAAGAAAGCUUUUGACAACCCCGACUACUGGAACCACAGCCUUCCUCCUCGGAGCACCCUCCAACACCCAGACUACCUGCAGGAAUACAGCACAAAAUAUUUUUACAAACAGAAUGGACGGAUCCGGCCAAUUGUGGCAGAGAACCCUGAAUACCUCUCUGAGUUCUCCCUGAAGCCAGGCACUGUGCUGCCUCCCCCACCCUACAGACACCGAAACACCGUGGUGUAG